ACUGCACUGCCUUCCGGAAACGAUGGGUGUCGCUAGGCCCAGCUGGGACUCUGCCAGGCUCCUGUGCUCAGUCUAGGAUAAGGACCUUCUCCUCACCCUGCUCUCCUCGCCUGUCAUGGCCACACUGCGAUGCUGCCCGCCGGUCUGGGCACACAGGGCACCCAGUCCCAGCCCUGAGAGGUUAAGCCAGGCUUUCUGGCUCCAUUCCAUUGGGGAACUGCAGGCCCCAGGCUCCUUUCAGAGCAAGUGCAACUGAUGGCAUGGGAGAAGCCCCUGCCCGCCCGCCCACUCUGAGACCCAUGCACAAGGUCCUCCUGCAGGUGCCAACCCUGUGAGCCCUUCCCUGUCCCCUGACACUGAGAAGGCCCUGUCCACCCCCACCAUGUGUGAAGUGAUGCCCACAAUAAAUGAGGGGGACCCCCUGGGGCCCCCGCAUGGCGCAGAUGCUGACGCCAACUUCGAGCAGUUGAUGGUGAACAUGCUGGAUGAGCGGGAGAAGUUGCUGGAGUCCCUUCGGGAGAGUCAGGAAACCUUGGCAGCAACGCAGAGCCGGCUUCAGGAUGCCCUGCAUGAGCGGGACCAGCUCCAGCGCCACCUCAACUCCGCCCUCCCCCAGGAAUUCGCCACCUUAACCCGGGAGCUAAGCAUGUGUCGGGAACAACUUCUAGAGCGGGAGGAAGAGAUAUCAGAGCUGAAAGCAGAACGGAACAACACAAGGCUGCUUCUGGAACAUCUGGAGUGCCUGGUGUCCCGCCACGAGCGGUCCCUGCGGAUGACUGUGGUGAAACGCCAGGCCCAGUCACCUUCGGGGGUCUCCAGUGAGGUGGAGGUGCUCAAGGCCCUCAAGUCGCUGUUUGAGCACCACAAGGCCCUGGACGAGAAGGUACGAGAGCGGCUCCGGGCGGCGCUAGAGCGAGUUACCACCUUGGAGGAGCAGCUGGCAGGAGCCCACCAGCAGGUGUCUGCCCUGCAGCAGGGGGCAGGGGUUCGGGAUGGAGUGGCAGAAGAGGAAGGGACUAUGGAGCUGGGACCAAAACGUCUAUGGAAGGAGGACAUGGGCCGGGUAGAGGAGCUACAGGAGCUCUUGGAGAAGCAAAACUUUGAGUUGAGCCAGGCCCGGGAGCGACUGGUCACCCUGACAGCAACUGUGGCAGAACUUGAAGAGGACCUGGGCACAGCCCGCCGGGACCUUAUCAAGUCAGAGGAGCUGAGCAGCAAACACCAGCGGGACCUCCGCGAGGCUCUGGCCCAGAAGGAGGACAUGGAGGAGCGAAUCACCACCCUGGAAAAGCGCUACCUGGCUGCUCAGCGUGAGGCCACAUCCAUCCAUGACCUCAACGACAAACUGGAGAAUGAGCUGGCCAACAAGGAGUCCCUGCAUCGCCAGUGUGAGGAGAAGGCCCGACAUCUACAGGAGCUGCUGGAGGUGGCAGAGCAGAAGCUGCAACAGACAAUGCGCAAGGCAGAAACACUGCCAGAGGUGGAGGCAGAGCUGGCCCAGAGAAUUGCAGCCCUCACCAAGGCUGAAGAACGGCACGGAAACAUAGAGGAGCAUCUGCGGCAGCUGGAAGGGCAGCUGGAGGAGAAGAACCAGGAGCUAGCAAGGGUGCGCCAGCGGGAGAAGAUGAACGAGGACCAUAACAAAAGGCUGUCGGACACUGUGGACCGGCUACUUAGCGAGUCCAACGAGCGACUGCAGUUGCACCUCAAAGAGCGCAUGGCAGCCCUGGAGGAGAAGAACACGCUGAUCCAGGAGCUGGAGAGCUCCCAGCGCCAGAUUGAGGAGCAGCAUCACCACAAGGGCCGCCUGUCUGAAGAGAUUGAGAAACUACGCCAAGAGGUGGACCAGCUAAAGGGUCGAGGGGGCCCAUUUGUGGAUGGCAUCCAUUCCAGGUCGCACAUGGGCAGUGCAGUGGACGUGAGGUUCUCCUUGAGCGCCACUGCCCGUGCACCCCCAGGCCUACAUCGCCGGUACUCCGCCCUGAGGGAAGAAUCGGCCAAGGACUGGGAGCCAUCUCCACUGCCCGGUGUGCUGGCCCCCAAGGCCACUGCUGUCUUUGACAGUGACCCUGAGAUCUCUGAUGUGGAUGAGGAUGAGCCAGGGGGUCUUGUGGCCUCUGUCGAUUCUGUCUCACCCAGUGGCCACUCAGAUGCCCAGACUUUGGCUGUGAUGCUGCAGGAACAGCUGGACGCCAUCAACGAAGAGAUCAGGAUGAUCCAGGAAGAAAAGGAGUCCACUGAGCUCCGUGCGGAAGAGAUUGAGACGCGCGUGACCAGCGGCAGCAUGGAAGCCCUAAACCUGACGCAGCUGCGCAAGCGCGGUUCCAUCCCUACCUCGCUGACCGCCCUGUCCCUGGCCAGUGCAUCUCCUCCACUCAGUGGCCGCUCCACGCCGAAGCUCACCUCCCGCAGUGCUGCGCAGGACCUGGACCGAAUGGGGAUCAUGACCUUGCCCAGUGAUUUAAGAAAGCAUAGGAGGAAGCUGCUGUCGCCAGUGUCUCGGGAAGAGAACCGAGAGGAUAAAGCCACCAUAAAAUGUGAGACUUCUCCUCCUUCCUCACCCAGGAUGCUGCGGCUAGAGAAGCUUGGCCACCCAGCCCUGAGCCAGGAGGAAGGCAAGAGUGCCUUGGAAGAUCAAGGCAGCAACCCCAGCAGCAGCAACAGCAGCCAGGACUCAUUGCACAAGGGCGCCAAGCGCAAGGGCAUCAAGUCAUCCAUUGGCCGGCUGUUUGGGAAGAAGGAGAAGGGCAGGCUGAUGCAGCUGAGUCGGGAUGGAGCCACGGGACAUGUUCUGCUAACAGACUCCGAGCUCAGUCUGCAGGAGUCUAUGGUGCCUGCUAAGCUGGGGACCCAAGCAGAGAAGGACCGGCGGCUGAAGAAGAAACACCAGCUGCUUGAAGAUGCCCGCAGAAAAGGAAUGCCCUUUGCCCAGUGGGAUGGCCCCACGGUGGUCUCCUGGCUGGAGCUCUGGGUGGGGAUGCCUGCCUGGUAUGUGGCAGCCUGUCGGGCCAACGUCAAGAGUGGUGCCAUCAUGUCCGCCCUGUCGGACACAGAGAUCCAGCGGGAGAUCGGCAUCAGCAAUGCCCUGCACCGGCUCAAGUUGCGGCUGGCCAUCCAGGAGAUGGUGUCACUUACCAGUCCCUCUGCCCCACCCACCUCGAGAACAUCUUCCGGGAAUGUCUGGGUCACCCAUGAGGAGAUGGAGACACUCGCAACAUCCACCAAAACAACCCUGGCCUAUGGAGACAUGAACCAUGAGUGGAUUGGGAACGAGUGGCUGCCCAGUCUGGGGCUGCCCCAGUACCGCAGCUACUUCAUGGAGUGCCUGGUGGAUGCUCGCAUGCUGGACCACCUCACCAAGAAGGACCUGCGGGUCCACCUGAAGAUGGUGGACAGCUUCCAUCGAGCCAGUCUUCAGUAUGGCAUCAUGUGUCUGAAGAGGCUGGAUUAUGACCGGAAGGAGCUGGAGAAGAGGAGGGAGGAGAGCCAGCAUGAGAUCAAGGAUGUGCUGGUCUGGACCAACGACCAGGUGGUUCAUUGGGUCCAGUCCAUUGGGCUUCGGGACUAUGCGGGCAACCUGCAUGAGAGUGGUGUCCACGGAGCCCUGCUGGCCUUGGAUGAGAACUUUGACCACAACACGCUGGCUUUGGUCCUCCAGAUCCCCACACAGAACACACAGGCUCGCCAGGUGAUGGAGAGAGAGUUCAAUAACCUGUUGGCCUUGGGUACAGACCGGAAGCUGGAUGACGGCGAGGACAAGGUGUUCCGGCGCGCACCGUCCUGGAGGAAGCGCUUCCGGCCGCGGGACCACCACAGCGGCGGCCUGCUCGGCGCCUCGGCCGAGACCCUGCCGGCCGCCUUCCGCGUGUCCACCCUGGGACCCCUGCAGCCCCCCGCGGCCCCGCCCAAGAAGAUGCUGCCGGAAGCGCACUCCCACUAUCUCUACGGACACAUGCUCUCCGCCUUCCGGGACUAGCCUCGGCCCCCAGGGCUGGUGUCCUCCUGGUUUCACUGGCCCAGACGGCCCUGAACUUUCCUGCUCGUUCCCCUUCUUCCCACGGCUCCUACUCUCGUCUGUGACUUUCCGGUUGCUCUGGACCACAGAAUAUACUCAUCCAGUCCCUCGGCAUCCCACUAUCCCGACUCCCACCUCGUGCCCUUUGUAAGUCUCCUAGAUGUGGCUGAGGUCUCCCUGUGCAGUGGAGACGCCGGGGUUGCCCGUGCCUGGGAUUCUCCGGGAGGGAGAGAAGGGCAGCCCAGGGUGGGUGUGACGCCACCUUGUGUCUUCUGGACCUAACCUGGUCUAGACUUCGUCCUCCUCCAGGAUCAGGAUCUUAGGCCAAGGCCAGAGAUGGUCCUUUCAGGAAAGGGGCAUUUCAGACUCUGUCCUGCUUGAGUUAUGCUGUCUCGUGGUCCCUGUCCCCUCUAAUCCUUUGUAUCCGGUGGUCUGAGGUUGGUUUUGACAUCUCCAAAAUCAAGCAUCCGCUAAACCAUCACCACAAUUUGCAGAUCCUGUCUCUAGGACUUGCUUGGGGGCUGAAGAGGUGCAGGAGACCACAUUCUCUCUCAGGAUGGUGAGGCCAAGAGAAGGACUAAAGUAGAAAUGCGGGAGCCUGGCUUAAGCUGAAUCAAUCCUACAUGUGAGUUUAGGAAGAGUCAGAGGAAAAUGGACCCCAGAGCUUUGGGCCAGGGGUGACUGAGGGUGAGCAAACUCAGCCCAUGCUUGGUGCAAAGUGUAGCAGGCAAAGCAGAGAAAGGGCUGAUGGCUUGUGUAGCAGGAAGCCCCAAAGACAGUGGGGAUGCUCCAGCCCCUACCCUGAGGGAGGGAGUGCCUUCUGGGCUGGGGGGAUCUUGGCCUCUGAGGCAGAGCAGAUCUGUGCUGCUAACUCUGCCACCAGCAUCCCUUCCCCCAUCUUUCUCUGACUCACUUCCCUAAUCCCAGACCCAUAAGAAUAAACCUUAUGGGUCAGUUGAAUAUGCAUUGACCCUAAAAUCAGGUUUGAGAAAAAGGCAGCCUGGAAUUUCCUUCCUCUGACCCUCCAGGAAGAAAACAAAGCUUCCUUUUUGGUGCAUCAUGUCCCUGGUUGAGGAAAUCCAGUAUUGAUGAGGCAGACAUUUUUCCUUGUCCUCAAAUCAUCCAGCCCUUUUUUGGGGUUCUUGUGGUGUCCAGGGACUGUCUUCUUUGUAGAAAUUCCUGAGGUCCAUGCAGCUUCCACCACUUUAACCUCUUUCCCUAGCAGCAAUGGUGGGAACUGGGCCAGAGGGAUGCAGGUGCUGUUUGUGAGGAUUGGUAUUCCCAAGAAAUUCCUCUUCCUCACCCGUUCUUCCAAUUUAACAAGGUGCCUAAGAGUGUAUGGUAGGUUGAUGGAACUUUGGGCUUCGUUGAAGAGGGAGGAGAGGUAAAGCAUCAGGCAUGUUUAUUGGAGGGAGGCCAGCACAGUGUCAUCCUACAGGUGGCUGGAGCAGCUGGUUUGUGACCUGAUCAGGGUUGAGCUGGGCUGGGCUAGAAGAUGGGACAAUAGGCCAAAGUACCCUGUCCAGAGGAGUGAGAGAGAGCUGUGUCGUGUAUUAGGGCCUUGUGCUGCUGUGUGGUAGAGGAGACCUCACCAGUGGGGUAGCUGGGUGGGCUCUCACCGGUACUGGGGCAGGCAGCCACCUGCCCUUGCUCUUGUUCCUUGUUUCCUGCCCUUCCUGUCAGGCUACUGGGAAUGGCGAUAGGUGAAUUAGUGAGUGGAAAAAGAAUUGGAUAGAGAGAAAGAGCCCCAUUACAGGGCUAUGGAUGCUGAAGUUAUGGAGAAACCCUGGGUUCCUAAGAUUAGUGGAGUUGAGUACUAGGAAGGCCAUCUAACUCCUUCAGGGGGCUGACUGUCAGUGGGCUAGGUAUAAGGGAAGAUCAGCCCCAGGCUGCCCUCCCUAUGACAACUCUCACAUGGUUGGCCAUAUCAUAGUGAAGCAAGUUGGAGGAGUCAGGUCCAUUGAGUGCCUCUUGGCAAGGACUGCAGCAUGGAAGGAGGAGAGAAGACUGUGCACGUGAGAGACAGCUGUUGUCUUGGUGUACCCUUUGCCUCAUAGUUGAUAACGUUUUCUUUGGAGAGCCACAUUGACCCAAGCCCUCCUCGCCAGCCUCCAUCUCUCCCUAGGGCUUCUCAGUACUGUAUUGGCUCAGUGCAUCAGGAGCAGGUGUGUGGAUGUGUGUGGGUGUGAGUGUGGGUGUGUAUGUACCAAUAAACAACCUGA